GUGUGUGUGUAAAUAUAUAUAAAUUUGUGUAAUACAAUUUUGAACAAAGGAUAGCGGCUAAAUUAAAAAGAAAACGUUGUGCAAGCUGAAACAAAUUCUACGUGUGCUGCAAAAUGACAAAACUGAAAAUAAUUCCAGGUUUUGAAAAUAAUUUUGUUGAAGAUGCGUCGACACUACGUGCUUGGGUACGAAAUUUUCGUAUUAAACGGUCACAAAUGAAAAAAAAGCACCGUGGCGAUUUACGUGUAAAUGCAAUGUUAAAUACGGCACUGUUGACUGCCGAAGCUGACUUAUGUCGCAAGCAAAAUGAAUGUUUUCGUACCCGACUGAUGUUUCAUCAAAGAUCGGAGAAGGGCUAUGUGAUGGGACAUGUGUUGGACGAGGAGAGAGCAAAGCAACGAGAAACGAUCAAUAAUAUAUGGAAAAGUGAGAUAAAUGACCUGGAUUCAUUUAUGCGUUCGCUGAACAGUAGCAAUAGAAGUUGCGGUGACAAAACCACUAGAAAUGAAAAUACUUAUAAUUUAAAAAGUGUUAACAGCAGUACUUUACAGUAUAGUAUUGCUGUAGUUAGUUGAUAAUGUUAAAUAUGUUUUUUCCUGAAAUAAUUUUCAUUGUAGAUGUGUAAAAUGUGUACCUCUAGAAUAGAUUUAUUAUGCAAGUUUUUCAU